AUGACUAUUGAAAGUAAUACUUUUAAGUUGAUCCUGUUAAGACAUGGUCAAAGUGAAUUAAACCAUGAGAAUAUCUUCUGUGGAUGGAUAGAUGCUGGACUCACACAGAAGGGUAAAGAUCAGGCCAAAAAUGCAGCUAAUUUGAUUAUAGAUUAUUGUCAAACGCAUAGCAUACCAUUACCACAAGUUGGCUACAUAUCAAGAUUGGUGAGGACAAGACAAACCAUGGAAGUUAUUCUUGCUGAAAUGAAUUUGAAGGGCUCUUAUGAAGUAGUUUCAGGAUCUAAUUAUGAGCCCAAGGGACAAUUAAAACAGGGAUAUACAUCUGUACUAGAGACAUGGAGGUUAAAUGAACGUCACUAUGGUUCUUGGCAAGGUAAGAGGAAACCUGACGUUUUAAAAGAAUACGGUGAAGAUCAAUACAUGUACAUCAGAAGAGAUUAUGAAGGUAAACCACCACAUGUUGAUCUUAAUCGUGAGAUGUUGCAAGAAGUUAAUGACCAGGGAUCUUCGACUGGUUAUGAUUUCAAGGAACCAAAUAGACAUUUAAAGUACAACAUUGAAGAACAGAUUGGUGAAGAAUUACCUGCAAGUGAAUCUCUGAAAGACGUGGUGCAAAGAUUGGAGCCAUUCAUACGUAAUGUUGUGAUUCCCACAUCUCAAAAGAACAAUUUGGAUUCCAGUUUAAUUAUUGGACACGGUAGCUCUGUGAGGUCCAUUUUAAAGAUCCUCCAGGGGAUCUCCGACGAAGACAUUAAGAGUGUAGACAUUGCCAAUGCGACACCAUUGGUCGUGGAAUUGGAUAAGCAGAAUUUCACAUUUGUGAGAAGAUACUACCUGGAUCCUGAGAAGGCAAAGAUUGAUGCUGAAAAGGUACGUAGAGAAGGGUUCCAAUCUAAUCCGUAA